UGAAGAUUGAAAUGAUUGAUGAUUAAGAUAAACAAUAACAAGAUGAUUGUAUAAAUUAAUAUUGUCAAAAUGACUCAACAUAAGUAUGGCCAGCUAAAUUCAGUAAUUAAACUCUAUUUUUCUGCUAAGAAUGUUUAAAUUUGUAUAAUCAAAAAAAGUGUUGUUAUUUUUGUGCUUAAGUAUAAUUAUACAUCAAAAUGAAGGUCUAUUCUGAUAAUAAUUAAAAUUUUUUAGAUGGAUAAAAAUGGAUUGGUUGUGAUUAGGAGGGUUGUGAAAAAUGGGUAUUAAAUUUAUUAAUAAUAGUUUAGACUCAUUCAUAAUGCGAAUAAAAAAAUGAAAUUUCUGAAAUAGAUAUCUUUAUAGAAGAUAGCAAAUACAAAUAUAUUUGUCCUUGGUGUAGAAUCGAAGAUUAGAAAUAAAGAUUUUCAAAAGGUCCUUAUCAAAUGAUGAAUAAAAAAACGAUUAAAUAUUUAGAUAAGUUGAAUCGAAGACAAUCAAAUGUAAAUGAAUAAUCAUAAAAUAUGAAUUAGAUUAAUGGAGAUUAAUUUUAUUAUUGUCCUUCUGCAUCUAAUAAAUAAUCUUCUCUUGAAGAAUUACUUAAGAAAAAUGGUAGGUUUACUUAAUAAUAUGUUAGGUGGAUUUUAUUAGUAGGCUACUUAAGAAGAAAUAUAAGUAGAUCUACAAAAAAUGAUGUCUUUAAUGAAUUAAUGA